AUGUACAGACACUGCACUGCUCGCCUCAAGGCAGCCGCCGCAGCUGCUGCGCAAGCCGCAUUUUUCUUCUUCUCCAUUUCCCUUUCAAUUUGUUGGCUUUCGGGCUGGCCUUUGCUGGGCCUCCUGGGGGGCCCCCUGGGGGGCCCCCUGGGGGCCCCCCAGGUGCAGCAGUCGCUCGAGGGCGCAGGGGAAAGGGUCUACGCUUUGAGCCCCGCUGUGAAGGAAGCCAUGGAGAAGGCGGGAGUUGUUCAUUCUGCUUGUUUUGAAAAAGAAAGAAAAGACGAAAAUGAAUUUUUAAUUUGCAUCGGAAGAGCCAACUGCGCCCACGCGAAGACGCGCAACAACGCGCAGCUGCUGCCUGCGCCGGAGGCCCUGGAGUCUCCUGAGGGGAAGAGAAAAGCCAUGGAAGUGACCCACGCAGUGCUGACUCACGUGGCGAGGGAACUGCAGACGAGCGACUUGAAAGCCUUGAUGGGCAAAGUGAGCGCCUUGGGCUUGGCCUGCGACGGGCUGCAGCUUUCGCCGCAGCAGCAAAGUUGA